AUGAAAAAGAAGGGGGGGAGAAAAGUUAAGGCAGAGGACAGGAGAGUGUAUAAAGUAGGCUUCUGGAAUGUAGUGGGAAUAAAAAACAAGGAUGAAGACUUCUGGAAGAGGUUGGAAGAGUGGGAUGUUGUGGUACUAAUAGAGAUCUGGGUGGAUAAGAAAGGCUGGGAAAGGAUAAAACAGAGCUGGAAAAGGGGUUUCAUAUGGGAAUUACAGGAGGCAAGGGUGCAAAAAGGAAGAGGAAGAGCGAAAGUAGGAAUGUUGGUGGGUGUGAAAGAGGAAAUUAAAACAGGUAGAAGAAACAUUGUGAGUGACGAGGGAUGGACAGAAAACGAGGUGAAAUUGGGAAAUGAGUGGUGGUGGGUGGUGGGAGUUUAUAUAAACGGUGAUGUUGGGAGAAAAAGGGAAGAUGGUGAAGAAAUCAGGAACUCGAAAGUUAAGGUGGUAAACAAAGAGGGAAAUGAACUGUGCAAAUUCCUGAGUGAAAGAGGUUGGGCAAUAGCGAAUGGGUGUAUUAAGGGAGACGAAGAAGGAGAAUGGACGUUUGUAGGGGAAAGGGGGUGCUCGAAAAAGAUAACGGAGGUUAAAGUAGAGAAAAGAAUAGAAUCAGACCCUAUGCCAGUGGUGGCAGGAAUUGGAGUGAAGUGGGAUAUAAGUGGAAGAGGAAGAAAAAGAGCUGUUAAAGGAACAACGAGAGGAAUAUGGUCGAAAGAAGGCAUAAGAAAAUUUGGGGAGGAGUUCAAGGAGUGGUAUGGAGUAAAAAGAAGCGUGGAAGAGGACUGGCAGGAGCUGAAAGAGAAGGCGAGAAGGGCAAUUAAGGUGACGGAGAAAAUUAGGGAGAAGAAAUCAGGGAAAUAA